AUGAUACGUUAUAUGUUUAAAAUCAAGAGUUAUAAUACAGUAUCUUCUCAAUAUAAAAAAUUGAAUUUUAAUUCAACAAAUUUAUUUAAGAAAAUAAAAUAUUAUUAUUCUUCUAAAAGAAAUGAAGAACAAAAAGAAAAAUUAAGCAAAGAAGCUUAUGAUAAAGAUUACUUGUGGAACUUUUUAGCCUUUGAUAGAAACAUAUCAUUUUUUUCAGUUAGUUUUUAUAUACUUUUAGUUGCUACAUUAGCAUUACAUUUCUACAACAAUUUCAAUGAAAAUGAUAAAUUAAGUAAACUUGAUGAAGCAGUAGAAAGAGAAAAGAAAAUUUUGAUUGAACUAGGAAAUAAAAGAAAAAACUCAUAA